AUUGCAGUUUUUACUUUGACAUGGAACGCUACGCGAAUUCUUUGAAAUGGAUAAUUAAUGAAUAAUCAGCAGCAAAAGCGCGACGAAAAAAAAAUCAACUCCUAUGACGACAUAGUGACAAAGUCAAGUAGUCAACAACGCGACCAAUUGUUGACUGUGCGCGCGGGGAUUGCUGGCUGCUGACUCAAUCACAACGAACGAACGACAAAGGCAGCGGAGAUACGACGAAUACGGAGAUAAAGUCCGGCUGAGACUUUUUCUUUUAGUUCUAGUUCUAAAUAUAUUGUGCUGUGCUAGCAAAGUUCCAGAGAGAGUGCUGAGCGAAGAGAAGCUUCGACAAAUGCAUAUCGACUAAACCGCAGCGACAUCCAAAACACACACACACACACGCUCACGCACACACACACAGCGCCAGACAGCUCCACCUACAAAGCCACCCAACACCCAAGACGCACACACACACACACACACCCGCACACACACAUACAGACACACACACACACGGUAUGUCACAUUUACCAUUGCCGCUGUAUGGCUUCGCAGCAUUUUUCAUGAUUUUCUGGUUUGGUACAUGGUGUGUGCAUCUAAUCGCGAUCUGUUAUGGCAAAUAUAAACUGCACAAGAAAUCGUGCAAAUUGCCCACUGAAUCAUCCCCUUUGCCGGGUGUUUCCAUACUGAAGCCGUUAAUGGGCGUGGAUCCAAAUUUGCAGCAUAAUCUGGAGACAUUCUUCAGCAUGGAUUAUCCGCUGUAUGAGCUGUUGUUUUGCGUGGAGGAUAAGCACGAUCCAGCCAUUAAGCUGGUGGAGCAACUCUUGGAUAAAUAUCCGCUCAUCGAUGCCCAGCUUUUUGUCGGUGGCUCUGACGUGGGCGUCAAUCCCAAGAUCAAUAACAUCCAUCCCGGCUAUAUGGCGGCCAAGUAUGACUUUGUCAUGAUCUCGGACAGUGGCAUCAAGAUGAAGAACGACACACUGCUGGACAUGGUCCAGAAUAUGUCAGAGCGUCAUGCCCUAGUCCAUCAAAUGCCCUUCACCUGCGAUCGCGAUGGAUUCGCUGCCACCUUCGAGAAGGUCUUCUUCGGCACCGUUCAGUCGAGGAUUUAUCUAUCCGCUGAUGCUUUGGGCAUUAACUGCCACACAGGGAUGUCGUGUCUGCUGCGCAAAGCUGUCAUCGAUCAACUGGGAGGACUACGUACUUUCGGCUGUUACCUGGCCGAGGACUUUUUUAUCGCCAAGCGCGUCACGGAACUUGGCUGGAAGAUGCGCAUCUCCAAUCAGCCCGCCAUGCAGAACAGCGGACUCUGUGACAUCGGCAGCUUUCAGGCUCGACUUAUACGCUGGGCCAAGCUCAGGGUGGCCAUGGUGCCCACAACGAUACUGUUGGAGCCUCUGUCGGAGUGUCUGGUGCUGGGAGCACUGGCAGCGUGGUCGGCAUCGGUGUUGUUCGCCUGGGAUCCGUUGGUGUUCUAUUUGGUGCACAUACUCUGUUGGUUCCUGUCCGACUGGAUGCUGUUGUCGAUUGUGCAGCAUGGUUCGAUGCCCUUUCACAAGUUUGAGUUCCUUAUUGGCUGGUUCUUCAGGGAGCUAAGUGGACCGUAUCUCUUCCUGCACGCCCUGUGGAAUCCCGCUAUACGCUGGAGGACGCGUACCUUUAAGCUGCAUUGGGGUGGCAUCGCCUAUGAGUUGCCCCUUCCAAACUCAACACCCGCCACAGAUUCACUCAUAACGCCACUGCAACCGGCGCCUACGUUAUUAGCGACAACGGUGACGACGAUGGGUGCGGGAACAGGAUUGGGAACGGGGUCGGGAACGGUAAUGGGAACGCUCCCAUCGGCCAAGCACCGAUUGUUGGUCUCGUAGCAGCAGCUAGAGAUAGUUACAAUUUGUUUGUUAUAUACAUAUGCGUAAUUUGUAAUUUGUAUUUUCGUGAGCGACACAGCCGACUGCGAUUUCUACAGCUACAACUACAGUUGAUGGUAGUAGUAUUAUUACUAGCUAAAACAGAACCCUUAGUCACUACAUAACUUAAGUUAAGUACGUGUUAAAAAGUAAGCGCACAGACAACAACAACAAUAACAACCACACACAGACACAGACACCAUUUGAACGGGGCCACAACAUUGUUGCAGUUUAUAUUUGUAUUGGCAAUUGUACUUGCAUUCUGGACAGGAUACUCAAGUUGACAGUUGCAGAUAUGUAGAUCUAUUAGUUAGUUAACAAUUGUUUGCAACUAAUGAUUGUCCAACAUUUGGCCAUGCGAUUUAGCUAGUGUUUGUAGUUAAUAGUUUUGUAAAUUUCAAAUUUAUCUUUGAGAUUGAUGAACGAGUUACUUAGUUAAGUUAGCCUUUGUUAUUGCUAUUUUUCAGUUCAAUUACUUUAAUUAUUAUUAGCUAUUUAUUGUUAAGCCCAAUGUAUAAUUUACAAUUUGUUUGUUUUCUUUGAUUUAUGUUUAAUUAUAUAUAUGCAUACAUUCAUAUAUAUUAAUUUUCUGCUACUCGCUCUGUAAAUAUGCUUUGCUAAACCGCCAUCGAAUAAAUUGUAAUUUAAUUUAAAUUAA